AAUUCAGUCAGUACGCCGCGCAGCUAGAGCUGUGAAGUGAGACCUUCAAGGAAAGUAAGCGCAGGAUAUCGGAAACAAUGUUUGAUAGUGGUCGUUGGUUGUGACAUUUUUACGAAGGUGCCAUGAAGAAAAGUAGUGUGGAUUUCCUCUACCAGCCCAUCUACAACGAGCCGCCCUUUCUUCAGCAUGAGGACGCACUUGAUUUGGAGGAUUUAUUGGACGACAAAAGCAGAGGCCGUUGCAGUCGCAAGACUCUUAUUUUUACCGGCGGCCUGACCACCAUCGUCGUCGUCGUAGUGGUCGUUCUCCUUUUAACCCUGGGAGGCAACGAUCAGGGCGGCAAUUCGUCCGAAAGCAAAGACCCACGCCCGCCCUUUAGCCUUGAAAAUUAUCUCGAUGGCAACUUCUCGGCGGUGCGAUUCAACGCAUCCUGGAUUUCAGACUCGGAGCUUAUGUACACGAACAAAUUGGGCGAGCUGGUGUUACUCGAUGUGCUUACCAACAAGACUGAGACUUUGUUGACGCCACAAGAAGACGAGAGGCUCAGCAUUAGUUUUGUCAAGCAGUUGUCCGCAGACAAACAAUUCCUAUUGAUUGCGUAUGAUUACCAAAAGAAAUUCCGGCAUUCGUACUACGCUAACUACACGGUCAUCAAUCUAAGCACUAAAGUUGCGACAGACUUGAUCAGGCCGGAUGGAUCUCAGCGCCUGCAGUUGGUAAAAUGGGCACCACAAGGGAACGCUCUGGCUUAUGUGGGGAAUUACAACAUUUUCUACAAGAAGGCAGCCGACGACAAAGACAUCGUGACGCUCACAAACACUGACAAACCAGAUAUCUUGUACAAUGGAAUUCCUGACUGGGUUUAUGAGGAGGAGGUUAUUGGAGAUAAUACGGCAAUGUGGUUCUCUCCUGAUGGAAGCAAACUGGCGUACAUCACCUUUGACGACAGCAACGUGAAAAUCAUGAACUUCCCCUACUAUGGCCAACCAGAUGAGUUAUUCUUCCAGUAUCCCAUUGACAUUAAAAUUCGCUAUCCAAAGCCAGGCUCUCCGAACCCAACAGUGACCCUAAAUUCCGUUGACCUCACUGUACCAGGAAGCACAGUUCCUGUUGUCCUAACCCCACCUGCGGAGGUUGGAGAAGAUCACAUCAUCGCCACAGUGACCUGGACAAAGGUCAACGAAGUUCUGGCCGUAUGGAUGAAUAGGGUGCAGAAUAGAAUGCUGAUCACCACGCACGACGCCGCCGGCAGCGGUAGCCCAGUCACGGUCUUGGACAAGCAGCAGGAGAAUGGCUGGGUGGACCAGUUUGUGCCUCCCAAGGUGUCGGCCGACGGCAACCGCUUCCUCAUCAUCAGUUCGCAGAAUCAGGGCACAGUCGGGGAUUUCAGGCACCUGACAAUGGUUACCAAGGACGUGUCAAAGGGCGCCAAGGCUACCACAGCGCUCACCAGGGGAGAAUUUGUUGUGACAAGCAUCGUCGGUUGGGACGAAACUGACGGGAAAAUUUACUUCCUGGCUACAAGCCCCAAAGACCCUGCACAACAAAGUCUGUACAGCGUUUCAGACAACGUGGCCAGCCCAUCCGAUCCAGAGUGCAUCUCGUGCGGCGUCAGAGUUACCGAUAGCAGACUUGCCUGCACUUAUGUUGCCGCUUCUUUCAGCAAAGCGCAUAGUUACUACACUAUCACUUGCAACGGCCCUGACGUCCCUGGAGUAGUCAUUUUCAAUAAGAAUCGUGACCGUCUGGCGGUAUGGGAGGAAAACACGAGGUUGUUUGACUUCAUGAACACUCACUCAAGGCCUACGAGCAAGCGUCUGUUCGUGGACGUGCCCGGAGGAAUGCAGGCAUACGCUGAGAUGCUUCUGCCCCCUGAUAUGGACACUUCCGGCAACACCAAAUACCCCAUGCUGAUCAAUGUAUAUGGUGGACCAGACUCCUCGCAAGUAAACGACAGAUUCAAGGGUGACUGGGGCACCUAUCUUACCACUAACAAGAGCAUCAUUUACGCCUAUAUCGAUGGCCGCGGAUCUGGCCUUAAAGGCGACAACGUCCUCUUUGCUGGCUAUCGAAAGCUUGGUAGCGUUGAGAUCGAAGACCAAAUCAAUGUCACCAGGCACUUGCAAGACACUUUCCCAUACAUAGACAAAACCAGAACCGCCAUCUGGGGCUGGAGCUACGGUGGAUACAGCACCGGCAUGGCCCUGGCUAAGGAUACAUCUGGUGUCUUCCGUUGCGGAAUUUCAGUUGCUCCAGUCACUGACUGGGCUUAUUAUGACUCGAUUUACACUGAGCGCUACAUGGGUCUGCCAACUGAGAGCGACAACUACCUGGGAUACAGGGAUGCGAACCUUAACCUCAUUGUGGAUAAUUUGGGUCGGAAUGAGGACAGGUAUAUGCUAAUCCAUGGCACCGCUGACGACAAUGUCCACUAUCAACAAGCAAUGAUGCUGUCCAAGGCUCUUGAAGCAAAGGACAUUUUGUUCCACCAACAGAGCUACCCUGACGAAGCGCACGGCCUGAGUGGUGUUUCACCGCAUUUGUACCACACACUGGAGAGCUUCCUAGAUCAGUGCUUGGAUUUGCCCAAGAGAUUGUGAAAUUAAUGAGACGUGUGCUAUUUUUCUAAUGUGCCAACUGCGAGUUUGAAAACAGGGAGUUUGAAUUGCAAUUACUUUCUAUAAUAAUGAAAUAAAUAUUUAAGUAAAUGUAAACCCAA